GUUUAUAAUUCUCCCUAAACCCUAGCUCGUUUCACCGUUCCAAAACCCUGUGUUCUCUCUCGUAUUGCUCUGCCUCCAAUGGCGACUCCUCCCUUCAAGAAGAACUACCGUUGUGUUCCAUUCCUUCAACAGUUCUACGAAGGCGGGGCUUUUGUAGUAUCAUCCGACGCUUCUUUCAUCGCCUGUGCUUGUGGCGACUCGAUAAAGAUCGUCGAUGCAGACACUGCGGCCAUUCGGUCGACUGUGGAAGGUGGCGAGUCUGAGGUGUUCACUGCUCUGGCAUUAAGUCCGAAUGAUGAAUUUCUGUUCUCUGCGGGCCACAGCAGGCAGAUUCGAGUAUGGGACCUCUCGACUAUGAAGUGUGUUCGGUCUUGGAAGGGGCAUGAUGGUCCUGUGAUGGGUAUGAAUUGCCAUUUAUCUGGGGGAUUGUUAGCUACGGCAGGAGCUGAUAGGAAAGUCCUUGUUUGGGAUGUCGAUGGUGGCUUCUGUACUCAUUACUUCACUGGUCACAAAGGGGUCGUUUCUAGCAUUCUAUUUCAUCCUGAUCCUAACAAACAAUUGCUUUUCUCUGGAAGUGAGGAUGGGAGUGUUCGAGUUUGGGAUCUUAUGUCUAAGAAAUGCAUUGCUACACUUGGUCACGAGUCAACUGUGACAUCAUUUGCUAUAUCUGAAGAUGGUUGGACCUUACUAAGUGCUGGAAGAGAUAAGGUUGUGAAUGUGUGGAACCUGCGUAAUUAUUCCUGCAAGAAGACUGUCCUAACCUAUGAAGUCCUUGAAGCUGUUCUUGUUAUUAAAUCUGGAUCAGAUUUUGCUUCAUGUGUUGGUUCUUCAAGUCAAAAAAGAAAGGAAACUAGCGUGUCCUCUGAAAUCUACUUUAUUACAGUUGGAGAACGUGGGGUUGUACGUCUAUGGAGUUCUGAGAGUGCAGUUUGCUUGUUUGAGCAAAAGUCCUCAGAUGUUUCUACCAAGAUGGAUGAACAGAACAUGGGCUUCACUGCUGCUGUCUUGUUGCCUUCAGAUCGAGGAUUGCUUUGUGUGACAGCUGAUCAGCAGUUUAUUUUUUAUUCUCCAGUGAAAACCUUGGGAGGGGAAAUAAGUUUGACUACAAGCAAAAGGCUGAUAGGUUAUAAUGAAGAGAUCGUGGACAUGAAGUUUUUGGGCGAUGAUGAACAAUUUCUUGCAGUUGCUACCAAUGUUGAACAUAUCAGAGUUUAUGAUGUUGCUUCCAUGUCAUGCUCAUUCAUAUUGGCUGGUCAUACGGAUAUAGUUCUUUGUCUUGACUCCUGUGUAUCAAGCUCGGGAACUACACUUAUUGUCACUGGAAGUAAAGACAACAAUGUUAGGUUGUGGGAAGCAGAAAGCAAAACAUGCAUUGGUGUUGGUGUAGGUCACAUGGGAGCAGUUGGAGCUGUUGCUUUUUCAAAGAAGAGACGGGACUUCUUUGUUAGUGGCAGUAGUGAUCGUACUCUUAAGGUGUGGAGUUUUGAUGGUCUUUCAGAGGAUGCAAACAAACCUAUUAAUUUGAAAGCUAAAGCCAUUGUAGCUGCCCAUGACAAGGAUAUCAAUUCCAUAGCAGUUGCACCAAAUGACAGUUUAGUUUGCAGUGGUUCUCAGGACCGAACGGCUUGUGUUUGGAGGCUUCCUGAUCUGGUAUCUGUAGUUGUGCUUAGAGGACAUAAAAGGGGGAUUUGGUCUGUAGAGUUUUCUCCCGUUGAUCAAUGUGUGGUCACUGCUUCGGGUGAUAAAACGAUUAAGAUAUGGGCAAUAUCAGAUGGUUCCUGCUUGAAAACUUUUGAAGGUCAUAUGUCAAGCGUGUUGAGGGCUUCUUUUCUUACUCGUGGCACCCAACUUGUAUCUUGCGGUGCUGAUGGAUCAGUUAUGCUAUGGACAGUAAAAACAGAAGAGCGGAUUGCCGUCUAUGAUCAGCAUGAAGACAAGAUAUGGGCAUUAGCUGUGGGAAAGAAGACAGAAAUGCUUGCUACAGGUGGUAGCGAUGCUGCUGUCAAUCUCUGGUAUGAUUCAACAGCACUUGAUAAAGAGGAAGCUUUUCGAAAAGAGGAAGAAGGUGUUUUGAAAGGCCAGGAACUGGAAAAUGCUGUUUCUGAUGCUGACUAUGCGAAAGCGAUUCAAAUUGCCUUUGAUCUUCGUAGGCCACAUAGGCUCUUUGAACUGUUUUCUGAACUUUGCAGCAAGAACGACUAUGAUAAUCAUGUUGGAAAGACCCUCGGUGCUCUUGGAAAGGAAGACUUCCGUCUAUUGUUUGAAUAUCUUAGAGAAUGGAAUACGAAGCCUAAACUUUGCCAUGUUGCACAAUUUGUGCUUUUCAGAGCUUUCAGCAUCCUUCCCCCAACAGAGAUCACUGAGAUCAAAGGUAUUGGGGAACUCCUUGAAGGUUUAAUCCCGUACUCCCAGAGGCAUUUCAGCAGGAUAGACAGGCUUGUAAGAAGCUCAUUUUUGUUGGACUACACACUGACUGGAAUGUCAGUGAUUCAACCAGAGACUGAUACCAAAAUCUCUAGCGACGAGCCCCUGGUUGACACUGAUAUGAAGACUAGAACAGCAGAUGUAGUACUUCCAAACGAAUAUACCGAUGAGCAGAACGAGACUCAUGACGAGCCAGAAGAUAAGGCUCUCUCCAAGAAACGGAAAUCUAAAAAGUCGAAAAGUAGCGCAAAAAAGAAAGCUAAGGGUGUGGCCUACACUGAAGUUGCAGCAGUACCGUUGGCAGUGUAAAACAAGUCAGGUUGGUCGUAGUUCAUAGCCAUUAGUUUCCUCAAACAAGAGGUGGUAUCCGCUCGGUUUCUCUCCUUGCAUUAGUUUGGCCCACACACUGAGUAGCGGGAAGAAGUUGUGAGAAGCCGAAUCUGUAUCAAAGAAAUGACGAAUUCACAAACAAACCACAACAUCAUCCCGCUCUCCCAAGCCUUGUCUUCACCAUGGUGGCGGCCAUACAGCUUGGGCUUCAAUUUUGGUAACAAAAAUUUGCUCAUUAUUUAGUGUUAAGCUUAUGAACAAACCAUCACAAGCAUUAGUAAUGAUUGAAACCUGAGUUAUUUAGUUAUUUUUUCAUACGUCUUAAUGAUAUUUUCCAAUUCUGGAAGUUGUUGCAUAUAUAUAUAUACUGUUUUUUGGGCA